CAGCCUCCCAUAAUGUUCAGCCUGUGAAGGUCUCUGAUUUAGAUCAUCAGGUGUGGAUCCUUCAGGGUGAGAACUUGGUGGUAGCCCCACGGAGUAAAGAUGUGAAUUCAGUAAUAGUUACUGUCAUCCCAUGCAAAUAUCCAGAGUCCCUUGAGAAAAACAAAGGGACUCCCAUUUAUUUAGGAAUCAAGAAUCCAGCUAUGUGCCUGUGUUGUGAGUCUGCUGGAAGACAGCCCACACUGCAGUUAAAGAAAGGAAACAUUUCAGAUUUGUAUAACCAAACUGAACCAGUGAAGCCCUACCUUUUUUUCCACAGCAUGGUAGGUAGAACCUCUACCUUUGAGUCUGUGGCCUUUCCAGGAUGGUUUAUUGCCUCCUCCAAGAAAGAUCAACCCAUUUUCCUCACUUCAGACCUGGGGAAACAACACAAUAUUAACUUCAAUUUAGAUAUAAGGGGUUGA